AUUCAUAUAAUGCAUUUGUUCCUGCAAAUAUUCCAUUGCAAAAACAGGGCAAUCAUGUGUUAAAAUCAUUUUUGGAAAAAUAUAUUGGCAAAUCAAUUUUGGACGAAAGCACUUUAAGAAAAAAUUACAUACCAAAUAUUUAUAAAAGUAUUAUGGACCAAAUAAUUAGUGAUAUUGGAAAUAAUUACGAUAACAUAAUUGAUCAAACAACCGAUUCAAGAAGUUUAUAUAAACAUUUUUUUAAAUUUCUCAUAUAAUAAAAUAUACUUUUUUUUUAGGUUUGACAAAUUUGCAAAUUUAUUAAUUGGUAAAUUAGAUGGGAUUCCGAGUAAACCAUUACUUUAUUUGCAUGUAAAGAAAUAAAAUUCACCAAUUAUGAAACUAUUUGUCAAUUAAUUAACUCCUCGUUAAAAUAUUUCCUGGUAUUGAACAAAAAGUAUUACUUUUUAUUAAUGAUCCUGGUACUUAUAUGAUCAUAGUAGCAAAAACAUUAAAAAUAUUUUCCCGAAAUUAAUUCAUAUUAUAAAUGUAUGGCACACACAGUUUUUAGAGUUCUAGAGAAAAUUCGGGAAUUGUAUCCAGACAUUAAUAAAUUGAUUAACAAUGGUAAUAUAUUAAGUACCUAUUUAAAAUGUAAAUACAUAUGUAACUUAUUUCGUUUAUUUCAGGAAAAAAAGCUUUCCUAAAAGCACCAAUGAGAAUAAAUACAGAAAAGAAAUGCCAGGUACACCUUUACUACCCAAACCUAUUAGUAGAUCGCAAACCUGAACCAGAGCCAGAACCUCUAAAUAAAAUAAUUAAGUACCAGUAA